GACACGUCACAGAGCUUCCUUUUUGUAUGCUAUACAUUCAAAUUGGUCUCUGGCUCAGCACCUUCCAUCACACACAGGCAAGGUCAGCAACUAGGACCACAAGGAUACACUGCUUGCACUAAGCUAAGAGACUGUUAAGAAGAGCCUAAGAUGCCACCACCUACAGGAGGUCCCACAACUAUCACUCCACCUGAUGGGGAAUGGGGAUGGGCUGUGGUUUUUGGAGCAUUCAUCUCGAUUGGAUUCUCCUAUGCAUUCCCAAAAGCUAUUACAGUAUUCUUCAAAGAGAUACAAGAGAUCUUCCAUACGUCGUACAGCCAGAUAGCAUGGAUAUCUUCUAUCAUGUUAGCUGUCAUGUAUGCAGGAGGUCCCAUAAGCAGCAUCCUAGUAAACAAAUAUGGCAGUCGACCCAUAAUGAUCAUGGGGGGAUUCCUAUGUUCCAUAGGAAUGAUCUCAGCGUCCUUCUGCAACAGUGUUGUGCAGCUUUACUUUUGUGUAGGAGUCAUAGGAGGUUUUGGUUUGGCCUUCAAUCUGCAGCCAUCCCUCACUAUGAUUGGAAAGUAUUUCUUCAAGAAGCGUCCGAUUGCCAAUGGCCUGGCUAUGGCUGGAAGCCCGGUGUUCCUGAGCACUCUGGCCCCCCUCAACCAGUACCUGUUCAACCGCUUUGGCUGGAGAGGAAGUUUCCUCAUUCUGGGUGGGAUUCUAUUGAACUGCUGUGUGGCUGGGUCCUUGAUGAGGCCCUUAAGACCAAAAUCUGCCCCUCAAACCAAAAAAGAUGUGGAGUCUGAAGCUGGAGACCCUCUCCUGCAUAAAAAGCCAGAUUCAAAGAAAUUAACAGCGUGGGAGACCUUUAAUACAUACUUGGAUCUGUCUCUUUUCAAACACAGGGGAUUUCUCAUUUAUUUGUCAGGAAACGUCAUCAUGUUUUUAGGCUUCUUUGCUCCCAUUGUGUUCCUGGCUCCCUACGCAAAACACAAGGGCAUCGACGAAUACUCAGCAGCCUUUCUGCUUUCCAUCCUUGCUUUUGUAGACAUGUUUGCCAGGCCUUCCAUGGGGCUGUUGGCAAACUCUAAAUGGAUAAGGCCAAAGAUCCAAUACUUUUUCAGCUUUGCAGUCUUGUACAAUGGUGUCUGCCAUGUGCUAUGCCCAUUGGCAGAGACUUAUACAGGCCUGGUAGUCUAUGCUGUCUUCUUUGGCUUUGCAUUUGGAAUGGUCAGCUCUGUCCUCUUUGAAACGCUGAUGGACAUUGUUGGCGCUCAGAGGUUCUCCAGCGCUGUAGGUCUGGUUACAAUCAUAGAGUGCUGCCCAGUGCUCAUUGGACCACCGUUAGGAGGUUGGAUGGUGGACGUGACUAAAGACUACAAGUACAUGUAUUUUUGCUGUGGAGUCAUUGUUAUAAUUGCAAGUAUUUGGUUAUUUAUUGGGAAUGCCAUCAACUACAGACUGCUUGACAAGGAGCGCAAACGAGAGGAAGAGAAGAAAAGAGCUGCAAUCAACAGCUCUAUUCAGAAAGAGGUGGAAGCAGCUUUAGACAACACCCCUGAAAAUCUGGCAGUCACUUGUGAAAAGACAUCAGAGGAUUCAACUGAAAGAGAAACACAUAUUUAAGAGGUUCCCUUUUUAAAAUUACAGCUAUAAAUGUGAAAAACACAACUUCUAUUAAUAUGUUCAGGUUUGAGCAGUAUUGAGGCAUACUGGCUUCACAUUAUUUAAUGCUGCUGCCAAAGUAACAGCUCUGCCUGUUGUUUAUUUAAUGUUAUGUAAAACUGUACAUAUUAUUUCAACCAAUAAUCAAGUCAAAUUAAUUUAUAUGAAGCCAUAUAAUAAACAGCUAUUGUAUGAUAUGUAUAAUAUUGGCCGUACACUUAGAUCUGUAUGGUUGUUACCCUGUCCCUGCGCUGUAUUGGUAUUUAAAAAAUAAGUCAAAAUUUGGUUAUUUUAUCAUGUCAUGUUAAGUUAACUCCCGAGUGGAGCGAAGGAUGUGCCCUAUAGCCUGGAGGUCACUGGUUCAAGUCCAGGCUAUUCCAUUGCUGGCCAUGGAUGGCAAAACUGACUAAAACGAAAUCAAUGCAUUUACAUGAGCAUAAGAAUGCCAAUGUUUUUUGGAAUAAUAAUUCCUAUAUCAAAGGUCAUGUAAACACAGUUUUCGGAAAACGUAUCGGAAUAUUCUGAAAGUCAGUUUCCGGAAAACAGAACCUAGAAAUGUCCAAUUAAACUCCAAAAACUGAAACGUAUAUCAUGUAAACACACUUUUUGGAAAACUUAUUCCGAUAGCAUAUUGCACAUUUGCAAACUUUGACCUUCAAUCCUGCACGUGGUUUUAGAAAACAGAGAAAAUACUAAUAAUCUGUAGUCAGUCUGCAUGCAUCCAUUUGUCUAGUUA